GUUAGACUACUCCUGUUUGGGUAGCUGUUUUGGAGCUGUCUCCGCGGUGCAGUGAAAUGUCACGGCGAGGUGCAUUGUGCUCAAAGCCCUGCUAAUGUGACAUGAGUGGCAUUCAGUGAGAAGGGAAGGGGCGGGUCCCUGGCCCAUUCUUGGCCUCGGCGUACACCUUUUGUCUCAACCUCACCCCGGCUGCUCCAUGCAGUCUUAUAAAUCCUCCGCUGCAAACAUCUGGUACAUAAUAUCCGACGUCGGCUGCUGAACACACACAGCCCUCUCUUCAGGGCAUGGUGUGUGUGCCGGUGUGUUUAGCUUUGUGCAAGUAGUUUGGCAUUUCGGCACUCAGAGGCGGAAUGGCAGCGUGUAAAGAAGGGGACGCCUUCCUAAAACUCCUGUGUUGACUGGUAAGAGGAGCCCUGCGUCGACCGAAUAACAAGUUGGUGUCAGAAUAAUAUGCGAACAGAUCAUGAAGAACUCUGUGGCAGCAGUCAUGGAACCUUCUGUAUGAACGGUGGGAUUUGUUAUAUGAUUCCUACUAUUUCCAAGCCUUUUUGCAGGUGCAUUGAGAAUUAUACAGGUGCUCGCUGCGAAGAAAUUCUGCUCCCCAGCAUCAAGAGCCAUACGAGAGGCGAAGCGUUUGUCGCUUUCUUGGCGUCGGUGGUGGUUCUGAGUGUCUUGGUAGCUGCGGCCAUCUUUCUUCUGUGCAGGAAGGGCCUACAUUCUCGGACCCAAUCUCCACUAGCGGCCAGCGGCGUGAACCUGAUUGGAAACAAAAUGACAGCAGCUGCUGUAACAAGAUAACCGAAUAAAGGAAUCAAAGCGGGAAACGAUGGAAAUGCAGCAACCGACAAGAGGCUAGAAAAGCUAAAACCACAUCAGAGAAUAUGGAAACCGUCCCCCUGUUCCUUGAGUCUGCAAAAGAAGACGGCGUCGCUCAUUUCUCCCAGGACCAAGCCCACAAACAUCAAUGUACAUGGGUUAUGUUCUCACAGCUGCCCUAUCUAGAAUGCCAGAGGUACAUGAAGAGGCUUAGACAGCGGUCACAAACAAUUCCGGCCGUUAGAAUAAGCGAAACGCUGUUCAGUCAUGCAGAGAAGCUGUCCAAUAAUAUGGAAACGUCACUGUGUUUUACCUGCUUGUUUUUGACCGGGGCCAAGUUGAGCGUGUCGUUUUUCCCAGACAGGGGCAUUAAAGAGAAGCUUUGACUGUGUUGAAAGGAACGUUAUGUGGGGGGCAGGCUCACGAAACAAAUUAAAAUGGAUCUUACGUGAGUUUCCACAAGCUAGACGCGGUCAAAGACUCUCAGAGUCAACCAUAGGUGUGGGCGAAAUGUCAGGAGCAGAAACAGCCAGACCCCAGCCACGUACCCCAGAAAAGCCACAACGCUCGUUCUCAGAGCCUCCGUAACGCACACAGACUUGACUAUUUGCCCUCAUUUGUUUGAACUAAUCAGAGACCUGUCACGAUCUGAGAACUUCCAAGAAAUUCAGCGGUCAAACCAACAGCAAUCCAGAAAGCUCUUCCAUUUUGUGAAUAAAGUUUUUCCCUUCCCCUCUU